UAAAGCUAACAAAGUGUUAAAAUUAAACCUGCAGCAAAAUUCUGGUCAAAACUUCUUCUUUGAUUUGGACUCCAAAUCUGGGGGACAGAAACGAAAGAAUGACGGUUUGUUCAAUUCUUUUCAACUUCGUAUUCCCUUUCAACAUACAUAUAUACCUUGACGCUGUUUAUAAUUACACUUGUAUUUCAGAUGGUAACCAAAGACAGCCCACAAAACGCAAAGGUCCACGUAAGUAAUAGAUUCAGAACAUUUAAAAAAGAAAAAAGAAAAGCGUACAAAGUUGUCCUUCAGUAGCGUUAUAUGAAUGUUGUGUGUUCGAGUGAGACCAAAAGCUACUGCUGGGAAUAAAGCCUAACUCAGGCGCCAAAUUUUAAUAUAAAAACUAUAAAAAUAUAAAAAAUAUAUUUAAAAAUUUUAGAGAGAAAAAAUAUAGAGAUAAAUUAUUUGAUAUUUAAUAUAAAAACUGUAAAAAUACAAAAGAUAAUGACACCUCUUUAUAUUUUUUAUAUUUUUAUGGUUUUCAAUUAAAAUUUGCUGUCCCUGAAGGCCAUGUUACACGGUGCAAUUUUUCUUGCAACUUGCAAUGCAAUUCUACUCUUAAUGUUAAUUAGUGAAAUCAGUGACGAAUUCUCGAUAAUAAUGUUGAGAAAACAUCAGCGGAGUGUAACGAAGACUCGUAUUUGGCAAUUGUAAAGAGUAGAAUUGCAUUGCAAGUUGCAAGAAAAAUUGCACCGUGUAACAUGGCCUUGAGUUAGGCUUUAUUUUCAGCAGUAACUUUUAGCCUCACUCGAAUACACGGCAUAACAAAAGAAAAUGGAAUGGAUAGGUUUUAGACACUACAAAAUGACUUUGGAAUCUUUAAAUGAAAAGCAACUGAUACGACAUUUUAAUCUAAUGUACUGUAUUGGCCCAAUAGCUAUAAUUAUAUAGCGUUAUAGCAUUGUAUUUCAUUUUGGCUGAAGAUGACUUUGAAAGAAAGUCAAAAUUUACAGUCUCAAUUAACCUGCGUCUUGUUUUCAAUCGUAUAUUGUAUUCCCAAGAUGUCUUGUCUUUUCGGAAUUUGUUUUUACUUUACUUUUUUAAAUUGGUGAUGUAUUUUUAUAUAUAUAACCUUAUUUUUAGACUAUUUUACGAGUUGAUACUUGAUUGCCAUUUACUCCAGGUUUAGACGAUAGCUCGCCCCCCCCCCCCACCUCUUAGACUAUGGAGGUAGCAUCAUUUCAUGGCUUGCUAACCUCUGCAGUCAUGCUGCGAUGUUUAUCUUACAUUCUCUUGUGCAGCUCCAAUUCAAGGUCCGUGUUGGUUUUGUUUGGGUGGAAGUCAAGUUGAGAAGCAUUUGGUUGUGAGCGUCGCUGAUCAUGUAAGUACAGACACGUAAAAACGCACAAGUUGUAACAAGUCUGCAAACAAGUUGUUACACGUCUGUUCAGAAGCUGUCAACAAGUUGUGUUCGCACUGCUUGUUCCCAGUUUGUUGUAACAAGUUCGAAACAAGCUGUUAACAAUUCGUAACAAGCUUGAUGGCAUUAUCAGCCUUGUUACAAGACUGUGCUAACAAGUUUGUUACAGCCAUGAUAUAACGAGGAUGUUACCAGGUUGUCAACACGAGGUUGUACAAUCUUGUUAUAUCAAGCAUGGCACAGACUUGUCAGAACAACCUUGCAACAACUCUGAUAAUUUCGACAAGGUUGUUGCAAGUUGUCAACAAGUUGUUUCAAACCUGUUGACAACUUGUGACAAGCAGUGCGAAUACAUCUUGUUGACGGCUUGUUGGCAGACUUGUUACAAGAUGUCAGAUUUUUACGUGUGUAGCUCUAAAUAGCACGGCAGUCAAUGAUUCUCUGUGGCAUUUGUAUUUCCUCAACAGCUGUAUGAGUUGGCUGGAAAUAGUGUGAAGUAAUGUUGCGUGCUUGUUCUGUUUAUCCAGGUGUAUCUCGCUAUGGCCAAAGGAGGUCUUACUCCUGACCACACCCUCAUCUGUCCAAUUGCUCACUAUCCAUCAACGGUGGAAUUACCAGACGUAAGUUUUGAAAAUUACCAGUAUCGGCGCAUGUACCUUUCAUUUCUGUAACCAAGUUUACUUGUUAACAAGCUUGCUACAAACCUAUUGCAAACACAUCUUGUUGGAACAGCAACAGUCACAAGUUGUUAACAGCAUUGUCACAAGUUGUUAACAGGCUUGCUACAAGGCUGUUGAGGAGACAUCUUGUUGACAAGUUGUUGGAACAGCAUUGUCACAACUUGUUAACAAGCUUGCUAGAAGCCUGUUGAGGAGACAUCUUGUUGACAAGUUGUUGGAACAGCAUUGUCACAACUUGUUAACAAGCUUGCUACAAGCCUGUUGAGUGUACAUCUUGUUGACAAGUUGUUGGAACAGCAUUGUCACAACUUGUUAACAAGCUUGCUACAAGGCUGUUGAGGAGAUAUCUUGUUGACAAUUUGUUGGAACAGCAUUAUCACAACUUGUUAACAAGCUUGCUACAAGCCUGUUGAGGAGACAUCUUGUUGACAAGUUGUUGGAACAGAAUUAUCACAACUUGUUAACAAGCUUGCUACAAGCUUGUUGAGGAGACAUCUUGUUGACAAGUUGUUGGAACAGCAUUGUCACAACUUGUUAACAAGCUUGCUACAAGGCUGUUGAGGAGAGAUCUUGUUAACAAGUUGUUGGAACAGCAUUGUCACAACUUAUUAACAAGCUUGCUGCAAGCCUGUUGAGGAGAUAUCUUGUUGACAAUUUGUUGGAACAGCAUUAUCACAACUUGUUAACAAGCUUGCUACAAACCUGUUGAUCGUGUUGGCAAAUUGUUGGGAAAGCAUUGUCACACCUUGUUAACAAGCUUGCUACAAGCUUGCUACAAGCCUGUUGAGGAGACAUCUUGUUGACAAGUUGUUGGAACAGCAUUGUCACAACUUGUUAACAAGCUUGCUACAAACCUGUUGCGAAAAAUCGUGUUGGCAAAUUGUUGGAAAAGCAUUGUCACACCUUGUUAACAAGCUUGCUACAAGCCUGUUGAGGAGACAUCUUGUUGACAAGUUGUUGGAAAAGCAUUGUCACAAGUUGUUAACAGGCUUGCUACAAAGCUGUUGAGUGUACAUCUUGUUGACAAGUUGUUGGAACAGCAUUGUCACAACUUGUUAACAAGCUUGCUACAGGCCUGUUGACAGACAUCUUGUUGACAAGUUGUUGGAACAGCAUUGUCACAACUUGUUAACAAGCGUGCUACAAGGCUGUUGAGGAGACAUCUUGUUGACAAGUUGUUGGAACAGCAUUGUCACAACUUGUUAACAAGCUUGCUACAAGGCUGCUGAGGAGACAUCUUGUUGACAAGUUGUUGGAACAGCAUUGUCACAACUUGUUAACAAGCUUGCUACAAGGCUGCUGAGGAGACAUCUUGUUGACAAGUUGUUGGAACAGCAUUGUCACAACUUGUUAACAAGCUUGCUACAAGCCUGUUGAGUGUACAUCUUGUUGACAAGUUGUUGGAACAGCAUUGUCACAACUUGUUAACAAGCUUGCUACAAGCCUGUUGAUGUACAUCUUGUUGACAAGUUGUUGGAACAGCAUUGUCACAACUUGUCAAGUUGUUGGAACAGCAUUGUCACAACUUGUUAACAAGCUUGCUACAAGCUUGUUGAGUAGACAUCUUCUUGACAAGUUGUUGGAACAGCAUUGUCACAACUUGUUAACAAGCUUGCUACAAGCUUGUUGAGUAGACAUCUUGUUGACAAGUUGUUGAAACAGCAUUGUCACAACUUGUUAACAAGCUUGCUACAAGCCUGUUGAGUAGACAUCUUGUUGACAAGUUGUUGGAACAGCAUUGUCAGAACUUGUUAACAAGCUUGCUACAAGCUUGUACCUGUUGAGUAGACAUCUUGUUGACAAGUUGUUGGAACAGCAUUGUCACAACUUGUUAACAAGCUUGCUACAAGCUUGUUGAGUAGACAUCUUGUUGACAAAUUGUUGGAACAGCAUUGUCACAACUUGUUAACAAGCUUGUUGCAAGCUUGUUGAGUAGCAUCUUGUUGACAAUUGUUGGAACAGCAUUGUCACAACUUGUUAACAAGCUUGUUGCAAGCUUGUUGAGUAGCCAUCUUGUUGACAAGUUGUUGGAACAGCAUUGUCACAACUUGUUAACAAGCUUGCUACAAGCCUGUUGAGUAGACAUCUUGUUGACAAGUUGUUGGAACAGCAUUGUCACAACUUGUUAGCAAGCUUGCUACAAACCUGUUGAGGAGACAUCUUGAUGGCAAGUUGUUGGAACAGCAUUGUCAGAACUUGUUAACAAGCUUGCUACAAGCUUGUUGAGUAGACAUCUUGUUGAAAAGUUGUUGGAACAGCAUUGUCACAACUUGUUAACAAGCUUGCUACAAGCUUGUUGAGUAGACAUCUUGUUGACAAGUUGUGGGAACAACAUUGUCACAACUUGUUAACAAGCUUGUCAAGCUUGCUGCAAGCUUGUUGAGUAGACAUCUUGUUGACAAGUUGUUGGAACAGCAUUGUCACAACUUGUUAACAAGCUUGCUACAAGCCUGUUGAGUAGACAUCUUGUUGACAAGUUGUUGGAACAGCAUUGUCACAACUUGUUAACAAGCUUGCUACAAGCUUGUUGAGUAGACAUCUUGUUGACAAGUUGUUGGAACAGCAUUGUCACAACUUGUUAACAAACUCGCUACAAGCUUGAGUAGACAUCUUGUUGACAAGUUGUUGGAACAGCAUUGUCAGAACUUGCUAACAAACUUGCUACAAGCCUGUUGAGUAGACAUCUUGAUGACAAGUUGUUGGAACAGCAUUGUCACAACUUGUUAACAAGCUUGCUACAAGACUGUUGAGUAGACAUCUUGAUGACAAGUUGUUGCGAACAGCAUUGUCACAACUUGUUAAGCUUGCUACAAACCUAUUGAGGAGACAUCUUGAUGGCAAGUUGUUGGAACAGCAUUGUCACAACUUGUUAACAAGCUUGCUACAAGCUUGCUACAAGCUGGUUGAGUAGACAUCUUGUUGACAAGUUGUUGGAACAGCAUUGUCACAACUUGUUAACAAGCUUGCUACAAGCUUGUUGAGUAGACAUCUUGUUGACAAGUUGUUGGAACAGCAUUGUCACAACUUGUUAACAAGCUUGCUACAAGCUUGUUGAGUAGACAUCUUGUUGACAAGUUGUUGGAACAGCAUUGUCACAACUUGUUAACAAGCUUGCUACAAGCUGUUGAGUAGACAUCUUGUUGACAAGUUGUUGGAACAGCAUUGUCACAACUUGUUAACAAGCUUGCUACAAGCUUGUUGAGUAGACAUCUUGUUGACAAGUAGUUGGAACAACAUUGUCACAACUUGUUAACAAGCUUGCUACAAGCUUGUUGAGUAGACAUCUUGUUGACAAGUUGUUGGAACAGCAUUGUCACAACUUGUUACCAGCAAUUGUGAUAUUUGAUACCAGACUUUUGUAAGUCUUUCAAAGUUAUUGGGGCUUCCCCCCCCCCCCCCUUCUCCUCUCCCAUUGUCGGCCACUGGGGCUAACAUGAUCCAUCAUUGUUGGCCUUUUUUGGUCCUACAUGUGUUUGGGCAGUGUGGAAAAAAUAGUUUACUUUCUGGAACCGCAAGAGGACAAUAAAAAGAGAAUAAUACAUGGGUGCGCGGAAAUACCAGAUUUAUUUCGAGUGUUGAACAUGAUAUCUCACGGGUGAGCGCAGCGAACGAGUAAUAUAUCAUGUUCAACACGAGAAAUAAAUCUGGUAUUUCCAAGCACCCAUGUAUUUUUCUGUUAUUAUAUAAACAAAAUUCGGUGAAAAACAAUAAAACGUCCGUGACAAUGCGUUUUACAACAAAUGAUAUUUUCACACGUAAAAAUAUCGUAUUUUUUACAUUUGUUUAAAUACGAUUUUUCUCAGUGGCCAAAAACUUUAUAUAACACUUAUGUUUAUAUAAUAAAAAUGUUUCGGUGAUAAUUAAAUAUAUCGACGCUCAGACGCUGUAAUUGUGUGGCACUAACAAGUUGUUAAACGGGAUGUCAUGCUAUAUUUUAACAGAAAAGAAUUCAUUUCAGUGCACUGAAAAUCAUAAUAAUACCGCAGAAUAGAAAAUACAUGUCUAUUUUCUAUUCUGUGUUAAUACGUCUAGGAAUAUGACAUAAAACUAAUUCAGAUAACAUUAGGGCCUCUGAUCCUCAGAUAAGUUUGAAAAUCAGGUGUCUCAGAUUGUCAAAAAAUGCAUUUGACAUACAAAGUUUUUUACAUCAUUAUCUAUAUAUAUAUUACAGGUAACAUUGUUUCUAUUGGUUAGAAUUUUUCCCUGAAUUUGUCCUUUUAUCUAAAUUUUUACAAUUAUCUGUUUUCAAAAUUUUUUUCUGGGAUCCGCGGUCCGAUGCUUUUGCCAGCCCCUCUGUUGGAAAAUGUUGACUGAUAUUCGAUCGGGCUUGACUGUCCGGUUUCAUCCAUAAUCCAUGGACGAUGUUGGAGUUUGUUGAGCGAGGCUUAAUUUUCACCUUCAAUAUUUUGCUGUGUUUUUUUAAUCUAGCCGAGUGUAAUCACCCAUUCUGCUUAA